AUGGCUACUGACGAUGAUGCAGAGCUUUAUCCGCUCCUUCCGCUCCUUCCGCGCGCUCCGCUCCCGGCCGCGCCUAACUCGCUUGUCGGCGGCACCGUGGCGUGGACGACCAAGCUCGGAGUGCGGUUUGCCUCGCCGCACGUGACGACAACCAAGCUCGGGCUGUAUGCUGCCGCCCGGCGGCGGGUCUUUCACCUCGAUGAAGACAGCGGCGCCGUGCUUUCCUCUGUCAAGAUCUGCAGCGCGUCCAAGAUCGCCAACGUCGCCGCCUGCCUCCACGUCGACGUGACAGAAGGUGUUGGAUACUACACGUCCGGCAAGGCCGCGGCCAAGAUCCGGCUUGAUGGCGAGCUGGACGAGUUCGGCGCAGUGAUGUGGGAGGUGGCGGUGAAAAAGGUGUCGGGCAUGGCGUGCGUCUCGCUGCUCGACGCCACCCGCGGCGUGCUCUACCUCUCGGUCUCGGGCUCCAUCUACGCGCUCUCGACGGCAACUGGCGCUGUCCUUGACGCCAACGUCUUCUCGAUGCGCUGCUACGACGUUUUCACCCUUGCGAUCGACGACCGCGGCAGCCUGAUCGCCGGCGAGCGGAGCAACAUGUUUAUCACGCCGGUGAACGCCGCCGCAGACGCGGCCGUCCCGGCGCGCAAGAUCUCGCUCUCGCGCGCGCACGCUGCUGUCGGACUCGCUGCCGCGCCGGACAUGGGCCUGUCCCACUCGCUUGUUGCGCCGGAUGAGGUUGUGUGGCACAACCCGCUCAAGGGCCUGCGGUACGGGACCGGAGUCUCGGUCGCUGUUGCCGCCAAGGCCGGCCUUGUCUUUGUUGGCAUUGCCGGAUCGGUGGCUGCCCUCGACGCGCACACCGGUGAGACUUUGUGGACGACCUCGGUCUCAUCUGCCUGGCCGCUUGUUGUCCUCCACGUCGAUGCCGCCGCAGAGGUGCUGUACGCCGGCGCGCUCGGCACAGUCGUCGGCCUCCGCUUUGCCGACGGCACGCGCGCUCUUGCACCCACGAUGGUUGGCGGCUGCUGGGGCUAUGUCACCCUCGCCACCGCCGGCAGCAGUACCUCGUACUCGCAGUCGCCCAUGCCAUCGGCAUUCGUCAAGCAUCAUCGCCGCCGUCGGCGGCGUUGA